AUGAGAGACGAGAACAGGGAAAUGAAGCGGAUGCUGCAGCGGCUCUUGGCUAGUUCAGCUACUGAUGACGAGCCAAUGCAACUGCCAGAAAACAUCAGUCUUCCAAUUGGAACAUUCGAGCAAAUGGAUGAGUUUGAAGAGCACAUAUGGAGUUUAACGUCGCCGGCAAAGCCGUCGGAGAAGACGUACAAGGAACUGUGUGAUUUGCUUAGCACUCACCUUAGUCCAAAACCGCUGAUCAUUGCCGAACGUUUUCGAUUUCAUAAACGAAAUCAGGCGACGGGGGAAUGUAUCAAGGACUUAGUAGAGACAUUAAGGAAGAUCGAGGACAUCUUCGCGAAUCUGUCACACGGACAGAAAUACUCGAAACUGGAUCUUCGCCAGGCGUAUCUCCAACUUGAGGUCGACGACGGCAGCAAGGAAUUGUUGACCAUUAACACUCAUCAAGGGCUGUAUCGGUACAACAGAUAUGUGUACGGAAUAUCGUCACUUCCCGCAAUCUGGCAACGCACAAUUGACCAGAUACUUCAAGGAAUACCUGGAGUGCAAUGCAUUCUUGCUGACAUGAUCGUGACAGGGGACAGUGAUCAGUCUCAUUUGGAUAACCUCGAGAAAGUGCUUUGUCGUUUGAACGAGUUUGGUUUAAAACUAAACAAAGACAAAUGUGUGUUCUUUGAGGAUAGAGUUACGUAUUGUGGACACGAGAUCGACAAAGAUGGAUUAUCGAAGUGUAAUGACAAUGUGCAGGCUGUGAUUGACACACCCACACCUAAAGAUCCAUCCGGAAAUUGUAAAGAUGAAAGGACUAGCUCGGAGCUAUGUCUGGUGGCCGGGGAUUGA